UUACUUAACUGACACAGUCUCGGUCUAAACAAGAAAAUAUGGUAUAUACUCGCCAAUAAAGAACAACCUUGCAUAGUACAGUACGAGUGGACAAUAAAAUAACUGGGAUGCUAUCUUGAUGGGGGUCCCCUGCUUUCGUGAUGAGUUCCAUACCCUUUCCCCCAUUCCAUCCCGUCAACGAGUAAAACUCUUCAAUCGGCUCCAUACCCUUCCCCAAUUCCAUCCAGCGGUUCUUCGAUCUCCUGCAGGAAGGCCGCCCUGGUCACUGCCGAAGGCGCCUGCGGUGGCCUUGCCCCUGCUGGUGUUGGCGGAGCAGUCGCUGAGAGACCGCUCCUAGCCAAUCUUGACGAGCUCGCCAUCAAGGAGGUGGCGGCGCCUGGCGGCCAUCUCCGGGGUGGUGACGGAGUGGUCAAGCGCCCACGCCACAGGGAGCCCAAAAUAAAAUUAAAUUAUUUAUUGCUCAAAAUAGUUCCAUAAAUUUUUAUCAAAGUUGAGACAAGUUGUUUAUAUUGUUCUUCGGUUCUAAAUACAUUUUUUAGCGAAGUUCUUUAAUAUUUCUAACAAAGUGCAGACACACUAUUCAGAAAGUUGAGGCAAUAAAAAUGAAAAGUUCUUCACUGUUUCCAGCAAAGUCCACCAAUAUUAUGAAAUGAUUCUAAAAUUCUUUAGAAUUUGAAGUUAAAGUUCAAGUAGUGAGUUAAUAAUUUUUUUCGGUGAUUUUAUAUCAAAUGCCCCAACUUUAUGGUAAAGUUCGGACACCUACUAUGUUUAUGCUAAAGUUCCUCUGGCAAAUACGUGAGCGUGAUACCUAUUCUUUUUUGGUAUAUGGUCGCAAAUACGUGAUCUAAAACUUCUGCAUGGAAAGGUAUGAGAGAAAGAACACAAUAAAAGGAAAUGCAUUGAAUUAGAUAAACUAAAACCCUUGGUGCUAUUUCAUGCUACAUGGAAAUAAAUUAGGAAACAAAUCAAAGCGUCUGCAUGUCACUUGCAAUAAAAUGUAUGAAUGGGUUGGACCCGAUCAAGGUGCCCUAGAUAUUUUAUCUAUAUAUAUUAUAUAUAUUAUGCACUAUCCUAACGGAUGAGACUUGCCUGCUCCCCGCGCGUGUGCCCAUCCGUGCUCCCGCGUACGUGGCUUGAUUUGAUUGAAACAAAAUAAGGCCUGGCCCCACCCCCUUAAAAUCAAGGGGGGGGGGGGGGAGGGGAGGGGAGAUGAUUAGAUUAGAAAGGAAAAAGGAAAAAGUACAGCCGUAGGAUGAAAUGGGAACACGGAUGGGAGCAUGAGGAGGGAGCAGGCAAACCGGAUCCUAUCCUAACUAUGGGAAUGUUCUUCCGUGUUAUUAGAGAGACAGACGUCCAAGCUACUCAAUCCUAGCAGGAGAUAUAUAGCAUGGAUACAAGUACAACGACAAGGGAGUUCACACUCGAGUUCUUGGAACAAAUUACAGAUAAUUUUUCUGAAAAGCACGUCAUCGGUCGUGGUGGGUAUGGAGUAGUUUACAAGGGAGUACUGGAAAAUGGGGAAGAGAUCGCUCUCAAAAAGCUUCAUCACGUGUCGGGGCUUGAUGACACACAAUUUAUGAAUGAGUUUAAUCACCUUAUGAGGGCCCAACAUCCAAAUAUUACCCGGUUGGUUGGUUACUGCUAUUAUACAGGACAUCAACGCAUAAAGUUCAAUGGUGACUAUGUGUUUUCCUUUGUGGAUGAAAGAGUUCUCUGCUUUGAAUACUUGGAGGGUGGAAGCCUUGACAAGCAUAUUUCUGAUGAAUCAUGCGGACUUGAUUGGCAUACAUGUUUCAACAUUAUUAAGGGAGUUUGUGAGGGCCUAAAUUAUCUUCAUAAUGGCUCCAAUGUUCCUAUUUACCAUCUUGAUUUGAAACCCGCAAAUAUAUUAUUAGACAAGAACAUGGUCCCGAAAAUUGGCGAUUUUGGUUUGUCAAGACUCUUCCCUUCAACACAAACACAUGUCACAAUCAAGAUUAUAGGAACACCGGGAUACAUGCCACCAGAAUACAUCGAGAGACACGAAAUCACGUCAAAGUAUGACGUAUUCAGUUUGGGUGUUAUAAUCGUGCGGAUGAUGGCAGGGGAUGAGGGCUACUCCAGAUAUGCACAUAUGUCUUUGCAAGAGUUUCUUGAGCAUGUAUAUGAAAAGUGGGAAAAGCGGUUGCAGGAAAAAUUGCCGUCGCGCAUAUCUGAACAAAUUACGACAUGCAUCGAAUUAGCAUUAAGGUGUUUGGAAGUUCGCCGAGAGGAAAGGCCAACAAUAGCCGAGAUUGUCGAUGAGCUGAAUAAGGUUGAUACCGGAGAAAGUUCACAUACAGGCCAGGACUGCCAGGUCGCCAGGAACCAAAACACAAACUCAGAGCGACGCGGCAGAAUUGUAUUCUAUACCACCAACAGGCCCCCAGUACCAUUCGACAUGUUUUCCUGUGGUUUCUCCUCGUCACCCAUCGAUGAUGAGCUUCACCUCACCGACGGUGUGUCCUGCAACUACAACGGCUGCCCCGUCCCACCCGCCGCCCUAAAGGCCCUCUUCAAGAGACCGAAGCUGGCAGACGUGGGUGGCGUUAUUGAUGCAGACAUCGAUGCUGGGCACGUCUCCGGCCUUGUCUUUGUCUCCGAGAGGGACGACGGCCUCGAGACGCUCUACAUCGCCAUACGGUUCAGUGCCGACAGCAAGGUCAAAGUAUUCUCCCUCGCUGAUAUCUUUGGCGCCGCUGACUUUAGUGGCGUUCGUCUGGAGGACAGUGGCUGCUUUGGCGGCGGCUACAGUGUGGGGUCUCGCACCGUCGAUCACUGUCUCAUCUACAUCUCCACCAAGGAGCCCGUGCAGCAAGGCCGCAGCCCCUGGACUGUCGUGUACAAAACCAACCUUGCAACAGGCAAGACAGAGCGCCUCACUCCACAAGGGGUAUUUGAUUUGAGCCCCGCGGUGUCGCCGUCGGGUAAGGCAGUAGCAGUGGCGUCGUUUGAAGGCAAGAGUUGGAAUGGCGACGUCGAGAAACUCAACGUUAACACUAACAUCUACGUGAUGAACGUGGGUAGUGAGGAGUGUGAGGGCCUAGGGCGGAAGCUACUCAUCGAGAACGGUGGCUGGCCAUCCUGGGGCAGCAACGACAUCAUCUUCUUCCAUCGACGCACCAACAUAACUGGCAUUUCCUUGAGGAGCACAGCUGAAACAUAUUGGGGUGUGUUCCGGCACAACAUCAGUACCAAGGUGACUAUCCAGGUGACUCCUGAGGAGUUGGACGCCGUGACUCCAGCAGCCAUCAGCGAGACCAAGGUAGCGGUGGCGACCAUCCGCAAGAAGACAAUGCGCAGCGACGGCAGUGUGGAGGCGCCGUACCGGCACAUCGAGAUUUUCGACACUAAUGCCCCAGGGCUGCCACCGAUACAGAUCACCCAGAAGACGAACCCAGAAAGCCACCACUACAACCCCUUUGUGCUGGACGGUGGGUUGCGCAUUGGAUACCACCGCUGCAGGCUCCUGCAGCAUGGGUAUGGCGACCAGAUCGCUUCCAACUUGCACAGGCUGCAGUCCCCUGUGAGGGAUGUUGGUUUGUUUCGGGCGUGUGGCCUGUUCCCAUCCAUCUCAGAAGACGGCUCCAAGCUUGCCUUCGUGGACAGUGAGUUCAAGAAGGUGUCGGUAGUCGACAGCAAAGGGCUACGCAUCGUGUGCAUGGCGAGGGGCACGAACCGCGUCUUCUCCCCUGUGUGGAACCAGAACCCUGACAAGGAUGUCCUUUACUUCUGCAUUGGCCAUUCCUUGAGCUCCGACGAGGCGCUGGAGAUCUACUCCAUCAGCAACGCCUCUGGUGAGCCAGAGCAGCAACAGGUCCAAAGGCUCACCUAUGGAGGGUUCAACAACGCGUCACUGUCGAGUAGCCCGGACGGGAAUAAAUUCGUCUUCCAGUCGACGAGGGAUUUUUGUAAAGAUAAUUCACUGUCCACGAGGGAUUUUUUUCCGACAAAAAAGGAUCCAACUUAUGGGAGUGAUCCUUCUUUUGGGGAAGAAAGCUCUUGGCAGCCAUCGCAAAGAAGGAAAAAGGAAAAAAAUUCGCACCAGGACCAGGAGGAGAUUGAUGGAACCAAGGAAUAUCACAAGAACCUAUACAUAAUGCUGAACUCAGACGUCCAGCCUGGACUCAGAUCCGAGGAAGGUUGGGUGAUGCGGCUGACGAGAGGCCCAUGGACAGAUACCCACUGCCAGUGGUCGCCGAAAGGGGACUGGAUUGUCUUCUCAUCGUCACGCGGCAGAGAGCUGGACAGCAGCCUUGACCAGGGGCAUUACUCCUUGUACCUGGUGAAGCCCAGCGACCCGACCGUGGUGAUAAGGGUUAUGGGCAGCGGGGCCCAUCUCGGAGGCCACCUAAACCACCCAGUGUUCAGCCCGGACGGGAGGAGCAUCGCCGUGACUGCGGGCCCUGCCACUGUGUCAGUUGAGCCGAUCUCGCUGCCGCAGUUCACGCAUGGGUUGCGGUCUCACAGUGGUGACAUCUUCGUGGUGGACAUCAACGACCCAGACAGCAAGAAGCAGAAGGAGGACGUGAUAAAAGGGUUCCGCCGGAUCACGCACAGCAGGUACGAGUGUGGGACGCCGGCGUGGACUCGGAUCUUGGCCGCUGCGACAGAGCCAAACGUGGAGUGGUUGUCGUAUGUCCGCGCUGCGACAGAGCCAAACGUGGAGUCGAACAUGUUGCUGGAUAUGGACAAGCAAUGGAGGGAAUGCUGGCGAAAACUGCAAGAACUGGAAGAAUUAAUAUUGUACAAUGGUCACUUCGUCCCGUAAUAUAAGACUGUUUUACACUAGUGUAAUGUUAAAAAGUUUUUAUUUGAGUCGAUUA